AUGAAUGCAAUUGAUGAAUUGAGAAAGACCAAGUUUACAGAGAAAUUGGAGCAAUUUAUAUUAAAAAAGAGAAGAGCUUAGACGAAUCUAGAUGAGUAUCAAACAAGAAAACAAAAAUAAUAACCUUAUGUUCCUGAAGACAAUACAGAUUAGAUUUGCAGUUUGUGCAAAUGUUUUUAUGUUAAUUAUGUAACAACAACUUGCCAACAUAAUUGCUGUUAAAAAUGCUUAUUUGAUCAUCUACUCAAAUGUCGAAAAAAAUGCCCAGUUUGCAGUAGAGAGUUGAAGGGGGAUUUUGCUUUUCCUUGUCUUUCCAUCGAUUACUGGAUAGGGAUUGCUCAGAAGAAUAAUAAAGAUUAUGAAGUUAAAUUAUAAGAGAUAGAAUUGUGGAAGGAGAGAGGAAGGGUCAAAGAGUUUACUGUAGGAAUGAGAUUAGAUAUUCUGGACACGGUUUUUGUUUGGUGUCAAGGUGAAGUAAAAGAUAUAAGAUAUGGAAAAAAUGAUUAGCCUAAGUAGGUGUUCAUCCAUUAUCUGGGUUGGGAUAAAGUUUAUGAUGAGAUAAUAGAUGUUGAUAGUUUCAGACUGGCUCCCCUAGGAACUAAUACUUAACAAAAGAAUGUUAUAUAAUACAAACAAUCAAAUGUAGAGACAAUAUAGAGAAGUUUAAAUAUUAAUUAGAAUGCUAAUUCAAAUGCGAGAGAGACCAAUCAUCGAUCACUGAUAAUGGCACUAGCUAGUUAAUUUUUAUCAUUGAGAAAUGAUCUUUUUAAUAAUUAAAAUUGA